GCUGGUAUUCAUAAUGCUGAAUUCUCCUUGAGAGGAGUCAUUUAGAAAAGAUCUAGGGAAUAGAUCUCCAACAAAGGCAUCUCCUUAAGAGUUAAUUCAAGUUUAUUCAACCAAACCAUCUGAGUGAUUGUAAACGACUUAAAGAAACUGCACCUUCUUGAACCUGUCUGAACGAUGGAGACAGCGCUACCAAAAACGCCAUGGAAAAGGCAAGUUCUUUUUCUUGCUGUUCUGUUGCUUGUGUGGGAGGUUGGCUGUGAGGCAAUUCGGUAUUCCCUGCCAGAAGAAACAGAAAGUGGCUACUUGUUGGCCAACCUGGCAAAAGAUCUGGGGCUGAGGGUGGGGGAACUGGCCACUCGAGGUGCGCGAAUGCAUUUCAAAGGAAACAAACAGCUCUUGCAGCUCGAUGUAAAGACCGGAGAUUUGCUGGUUUAUGAAAAACUAGACCGCGAGGUGCUGUGCGGGGGGACAGAUCCCUGUAUAUUGCAUUUCCAACUGUUACUAGAAAACCCCGUGCAUAUUUUUCAAACUGAUCUGCAACUCACAGAUAUCAACGACCAUUCCCCAGAGUUCCCAGACAGGGAAAUGCUCCUGAGAAUCCCAGAGAGCGCCCAGCCAGGGACUGUGUUUCCACUGAAAGCAGCUCAGGACUUUGACAUAGGUCGCAACACCAUACAGAACUACACCAUCAGCCCCAACGCCAAUUUUCAUGUAGUUACACGCCACCGCGGAGGUGAGAGGAGAUAUCCAGAGCUGGUUCUGGACAAGGCACUGGACAGGGAGGAGCAGCCUGAGCUCAGAUUAACCCUCACUGCGCUGGAUGGCGGGGAUCCGCCCAGAAGUGGGACCACCACAGUACACAUUGAAGUCUUGGACAUUAAUGACAAUACACCCCAGUUUGCUCAAUCGCUCUAUGAGGUACAGGUUCCUGAGGACAGCCCACUCAAUUCCUUAGUUGUCACUGUCUCUGCUAGGGACUCAGAUGCUGGGAGUUACGGGAGGGUGGUCUACUCUGUUUUCCAAGGGAACGAGGGGUCUCAACCCCUUGCAAUAGACCAAACGACAGGAGAAAUUCAUCUGAGAGAAGCUUUAGAUUUCGAGGAAAAUCGACUUUAUAACAUAGAAAUUGCAGCCACAGAUGGUGGGGGCCUAUCAGGAAGAUGCAUGAUCGUUGUCGAGGUGGUGGACGUGAAUGACAAUGCCCCAGAACUGACCAUGUCCACUCUCAGAAGCUCCAUCCCAGAAAGCUCCCCAGAGAUGGUGGUUGCUGUUUUCAGUGUUUUUGAUCCAGACUCCGGAGACAAUGGCAGGAUGGUGUGCUCAAUUCAGAGCGAUCUCCCCUUCCUCUUAAAGCCCACGUUCAAGAACUUUUACACAUUAGUGACAGAGGGACCACUGGACAGAGAGAGCAGAGACGAGUACAUCAUCACCAUCACCGUCUCAGACAUGGGCACACCCAGGCUGAAAACGGAGCACAACAUAACAGUGCAGGUGUCCGACGUGAACGACAACGCCCCAGCCUUCAGCCAAACCUCCUACACCCUGUUGGUCCCAGAGAACAACAGUCCCGGCCUGCACAUAGGCACAGUGAGCGCCACAGACACAGACUCAGGCACCAAUGCCCAGAUCACCUACUCGCUGCUGCCGCCCCAGGAAGGCGACCAAGACCCGCAGCUGGCCCUCGCCUCGCUGCUGUCCAUCCACGCGGACAGCGGGCAGCUGUUCGCCCUGCGCGCGCUGGACUACGAGGCGCUGCGGGCCUUCGAGUUCCGCGUGGGCGCCGCCGACCGAGGCUCGCCCGCGCUCAGCAGCCAGGCGCUGGUGCGCGUGCUGGUGCUGGACGCCAACGACCACGCGCCCUUCGUGCUCUACCCGCCGCACAACGCGUCGACGCCCUGCACCGAGCUGCUGCCCAGGGCGGCCGAGCCCGGCUACCUGCUCACCAAGGUGGUGGCGGUGGACGGCGACUCGGGCCGCAACGCCUGGCUGUCCUUCCAGCUGCUGCAGGCCAGCGAGCCCGGGCUGUUCAGCGUGUGGGCGCACAAUGGCGAGGUGCGCACCGCCAGGCUGCUGAGCGAGCGCGAUGCGCCCAGGCACAGGCUGCUCGUGCUGGUCCAGGACAAUGGCGAGCCGCCGCUGUCGGCCAGCGUCACGCUGCACGUGCUGCUGGUGGACGGCUUCUCGCAGCCCUACCUGCCCGUGGCCGAGGGCGCGCGCGACCCGGCGCCGCCCGACGCGCUCACUGUCUACCUGGUCAUCGCCCUGGCGUCCGUGUCUUCGCUCUUCCUCUUCUCUUUGCUCGCGUUGGUGGCGGUCAGGCUGUGCAGGAGGAGCGGGGCGUCCUCGCUGGCUGGCUGCUCUCUGCCUGAGGGCCACUUUCCUGGACACCUGGUGGACGUCAGCGGGGCGGGGACGCUGUCCCACAGCUACCAGUAUGAGGUGUGUCUGACUGGAGGCUCAGAAACCAGUGAGUUCAAGUUCUUGAAGCCCAUUAUUCCCAACUUUCUCGUUCAGAAUUCUGGGAGAGAAGUUAAGGACAAUUUCAACUGUAGGAAUGGCAUUGCAUUCAGUUGAUUGUUUUAAGUAGUUAAAGAUUUUUAAAAAAUUGUGGAGUUCCUACUACAAUGCUAUGCUUUUAUGAAACUGUAUUGUUCUCUAAGUUUUUUUUCUCUAGUGCAACACAUGUGUGCUCCUAAUCACACUAAAGGGUUUUCUUUUUGUUGAAGUUAUGUAGAGUGGGAUUUUAGUUAUACCUUUUGUUGCAUGAUUUCUCUACAUUUGACUGUAUCUUGGUGAACACUACCAUAACCUGUAUUAUCUCAAUUAGCAUAAACACUGUUUUAAUGAAUUUAUUUAAUGAUCUCCUGAAUCAUUUCCUUUUUUUUUUCUUUUGUACAUUUGACACUCUGUAUGUUUGUGGUACCUGACUUUCAUGUAACUUAACCUUUCAAGGGAAGAUUGUUUAAAAUUCCUUAUGCAACCUUUAUCUUUCUGGAUGAUUAUAGCACCAGCUUAAGCCUCCUGAAUAGGCAAGAGUGUAAACCCUAGCAUAAUUGUUUCUCCUAAAUUCUGUAUAAACUUGCAUGUGUUAAAAUACUAAUAUACAAAUUUUCAACACUGUGCUUUGAGCAUCAUAUAUGCUAGUGAUUUUUAUUUUUGUUGCUAGUGCUCCAUCAAUA